AUGGGUGAUAGUAAAGAUAACUGUGAAGAAGGGGAGACUACUCUAACAGAACAAGAUGUCUACAUCAUUGCCAGUGUCUGUGGUGUUAUUAUUGUUACUUUGUUAAUUAUUCUUGUUAUAUUUAUAUGUCGCAGACGACGUAACCAAGCAAAAUACGAAGAAAACAAAACAGCCACUGAGCUUAGAGCUCAGCCAGUUAAUGGAGUUUCAUCUCCGAAUAAAAAACCACAGGUCUAUGAAAACCAAGGUAUGAGUUAUCUGCCAGGAGUAGACUUGGAUGAUCCAGUACCUCCGUCCUCUACGAAUGUUUAUAGUCUUUCCUAUCCAGACUCUAAUUCUAAUAACACUAAUCAUAAUUUCUCUACUAGUUAUGGUCCCCUGGAUUUAAAACUUAACCAUGGAAACGGUCACCUUGCCAACGGUCAUGUGACAGGAAAUGGAAGUAUCCCCCACGGAGGACAUGAUACCUCCUAUGAUUCCCAAAUUGAUAAAAGAGUUUUUGAAAAUGAAAUGAAUCGACGAAAUGAGUAUUCUACAAGAGUAGACUAUAAUAACAGGCAAGGUGGAGACCUGCACUUCCAUGGAAUGCCCAACACAAAACCAAAAGAUCAGUAUUUAGAUUUGGAAGAGAAAAAAGAUGGCAGCCUCCCGAGUAAUCCUGAAAGUGGCUAUUCCACGCCAGAUCCCGCCAAACCAAAAAAGCUUCAAUUCUUCAAGUUAAAGCAUCGAGAACCAAACGCUUUACUCUACUCGGAUUAUUCGAGGUAUGCUCACGAUCCUCCUGGUCAUACUUGUGGGUUACCAUGCUGUAAUGAGAACCUCCGACUAGAGCUUCAGGGGCAGUCACAAAGACGUAUCCCUGGUUGCAUUCCUGCGCCUGUGAAAUAUUCAGCGCCAAACUUUACUCUGAGAACUAAACGAAACCUUAUAAAAGGUCGACCAACGUUUGCCAACAAAUUCUUAUCGUUGCAGCCAGGAAAUUUCCAAAGUUCCAAACAGCGUCCAGUUCUGCCAGAUUUCUAUGACGAUAGUCUAGUCGGCAGUUGCUAUUUGUCACACGUGAAGAACAAACCUAAAGUGAAUGAAUGGGAUCAUUUUUAUCCGAAGGAGAUUGCAUUACCGGAACUUCUGGAAGACGGUGAUCAGAUGGUGCUGGUGAAUCAUGAUGGAGCUGAUACUAGCGAUGAUUUGGAUGAAAAUGAAAUCGGUGUCGUAGAAAUUCAUAAUGAUAUUCGUGGUUAUCCACGGCCUCUUCAAGUUCCAGUGUUAUCAAAAUGUCCACAGCCAAAAGCUCCAGAACCAACACAAGCGAUAUUGGAAAGUCCGACUGAUGAGGAUUACGCGUCCGGUAGUGCCUCUGAUAAAUACACAGACUAUGAGCUUUCCGAUAGUGACUAUAACACAUCCUCUGACCACUAUUACGAUGUCAUCCAUCCCUUGCCCUUACCUAAACCCCUUCAGUGCCAAAAACCUAAAUCUUGCUUAAAGAAAACACAUCGACGAAAACUUUCAAUACCUGAAAAAUUCUCCACUCUGCCAAAACAUUUUCUUAGUGGUAAAACCAAAAACUUUCAAUCCAACUCUGUAGCUCCCUAUCUGCCACCAGUCCAAAAUCUCUUCCAUACUCCGGUCUCACAUUCCAAUUCUCAGGCGGAGGUUUGGACAGUCCCAGUUCCCUACGAUGAUCCGGAACAAAUAUAUGAGGACAUUGUGCUCGAACCGGAAGUCCCACUUUCAGAGGUCCAGCCAAUCGUAAACAAAGCUACUGAACGAGUUAAUCGUCAACUUAAUAACAGUGUUGUGAAUUCGCCUUUGAAGAAACGUUCGUCAAGCAUUGACACUCAUAAAAUUCCAUGGGCCGCAACUGUACGAGGUGAUAGAAGUUCUAGGAAAAGAGUCUCAUUUGCUCUGGACGCUGAUGUGCGCCGUAAUGUUAGUCGAACUGUUUCCAUGACAAACAAUAUGUAUAGUACUCAAGAUAGGCAUAAUACUGUCAACCCUUUUAAUUCCCUAAUGUCCAUCAAAAACAAUCCAAAUACAUCAGAUAAUGACUCCAACGAAGUGUGCACCUAUCCUAAUCAUUUGAAUCAAAAUGGAUCCAAUCCGAAUCCAUGUGAUAUCCCGAUAUCAGCAUUAACUUUAAAUCAGUCCGAAAGUGUUCCAAACUCCAACAUAUGCCAACUCGACAUCGAAAAUGAAUCAGGUUUCAAAACUAACAUCCACAAAUUCGAAUCCGAGGGAUUGCAAAGAGACAAUCAACGAUAUUUGGACCAAGGCCUUAGUUCAUUGAUAAAAAAUCCAGUUACCUUGAUUCUGUGA